UCGUUAAAUUAGGCGCCAUACUGGCGAGAUCUGGAGAGCUUCCUGAGGGUAGGUGUACCUCAUCAGGGAUUAGUAACGAGUGAUACCUGAUGAACUCGAAGAUUGCUCGGACCUAUCGCGGCUACCAUGCUUAUACGAUAGGAAAGAAAUCUAAUGAUCCUCGCUGGACCCCCCUCUCCACUCUAAACUCCACACUCCCUUCCCAGCAUUGAACGGCACAACAAUCUUAUCCUUCUCCCCAAUCUGACUAACGACAACCUCAUCCCCACCCUUCCUUAGUAGAAUUCCUGCCUCAGCACCAAACCCCCUCUCCAACCCCUUCUCCCCCACUUUGUAGAACCUUCUCCCAAAGUCGCAAACAAACCCCUUCAACAUAUCCAACUUCCCCACCUUAUCGAACGCCUCAGCGACCAACUGUACAGCAUACGGCUGCGUGAACACCCCAGCGGCAGUCCUCCCAUUCUUUGCCCCAAUCUUCAUUUCCCGCGGGUGUGGCGCCGAGUCCGUCCCUAGGAAGAACUUUGCAUCUCCGGAUGUGGCGGCCUCAACGAGUGCAGCGCGAUCAGAUGGGAGCUUGGCAACGGGUUUGCAGAAGCAGUGCGGAUUAUCCGCCCACUGGUCUAUUGUGAGGAAUAGAUGGUGGGCAGUGAUGGUUGCGGCGACGCUAUCACCACACUUCCGGACCGCCUCUACUGCCGCUGCGGUGGUGCAGUGCUCCAAUACAAUCCUUAAUUUCGGAAAGCGGGCGUGUAGGUCCAGUAAUGUUGGUAAGAAGGUCUCCUCAGCAUUUAGGAUCGUCGUGGUCUCGCUGGAUGGUGACUCCCCGUGAAGGUUCAGCACUAGGUCGUGCUUUUCCAUCGCGGCGAAGACAGGGUAGUACUCCUCGUACGAGACUACGCCUGCUUCGGAAUUUGUCGUGAGGCCCUUCGGGUAGGACUUUACUCCUACUAUCUUUUUUGUGGAAGCUGCGUGCUCGAUUACCGCCGGGGUUAUCGCGGGGCAGAGGUAGAGCGUCAUAAGGAAUGUUAAGGAGGGUUCAAGACUCGCGAGUCCGGAAUGGUAGGAGAGCGCUUGGGGUACGGUUGUGAUCGGAGGGACAAGGUUUGGCUAACGGAACGUCAAUUCUGGUGUUUUAGGGGAUAUUGGGGGGGGGGGGGGAGGGUACCAUGACAUAAACCAGUGAUACUCCGCCAUUCUUGAUCGUAGGAACGACGAGACGCAUCAUAUCUCCUUCGCGGAGGUGAGCGUGGAAGUCCGCUGCUGGAGGGAGUUCAAUUGUAUCCAUUUCCCCUCUCUUUCUCGGAACCGUAAAUGUAAAUAUGGUUAAUGUGCAAUCGGUGGUGGUUGGAGAUGAAUACGUUAGAGGAGUUUUAGGCGGGGGAAUCCCAUUCAUAUCGGAAAAAGCUUGGCAAAUGAAUGCAGGGUAACUUACCAACCAACCGACACAGCGUCGGUCCCUACAGCACAUGUACCCCUGCGCUACAAUCAACAGAGGCUGACAACGAACCAGGCGGAAAACCUGCCUCCCCCCUCCACACACAUAAAAUAACUGUCGAUUGAUCUCCCUUGAAUUCCAUCCCCAGCCGGCAAUUCCUUCCUCGUUUGAGCGAAGCGCCUGAAAGCCCCCCGCUAUAGCUAAUCCCCCGGGGGAGCAAACUGAACGAACUGCCAAAAAAAGAUGGCCCUGGACUCACUGCUCAAUCAGCCCGUUGUGAUAGACAAUGGAUCGGGUACUAUCAAAGCCGGCUUCGCCGGUGAGGACCUGCCGAAAUGCUUCUUCUCGUCGUUCGUCGGUCGACCGAAACACACGCGUGUGCUUGCCGGUGCGUUGGAAGGGGAUGUGUUCAUUGGGUCAAGAGCGCAGGAACUACGGGGGUUGCUCAAGAUAAAGUACCCGCUUGAGCAUGGGGUUGUCACGGAUUGGGAUGAUAUGGAGAGGAUAUGGCAGUAUAUUUACAGUGAGGAGCUGAAGACUUUGUCUGAGGAGGUGAGUUUGGGGCAGGAUACAUAUGACUAUGAGAUAGGGUUGGGGCGGGACAUGGGAGGGAGCUAAUUGUGGGUUUGGGGAGGAAUAGCACCCGGUGUUAUUGACUGAAGCACCUUUGAAUCCUCGGACAAAUAGGGAUACCGCUGCGCAGAUAUUUUUCGAGACGUUUAAUGUACCGGCUUUGUUUACUUCUAUACAAGCAGUCCUGUCACUGUAUGAGGCCCUAGCUCUCUAUUAGCUUUGAUAAGCUCCAUUUGUGAUGCUCUUAGCUAAUUGUGGAUCUCCAGGUACGCUUCCGGUCGAACAACGGGCAUCGUUCUCGAUUCCGGUGAUGGUGUUUCCCAUGCCGUCCCUGUAUACGAGGGCUUUGCGAUGCCCUCCGCUAUCCGCCGGAUCGAUGUUGCCGGUCGUGAUGUGACGGAGAACCUCCAGGUCUUAUUGCGAAAAGCCGGAGCAAUAUUCCACACUUCUGCUGAGAAGGAAGUUGUCCGGUCGAUGAAGGAGAAGGUAUGCUACAUUGCAUCGGAUCCAAAGAAGGAAGAGAAGGAGUGGGCCGGCGGUGGGGCCGCGAGAAUCGAGGAAUACAGACUACCGGAUGGGCACAUACUCAAGGUGGGACUCCCGAUUCGCCUUUUUCAACUGGUUCUAGUACGGGGGCGAGGAUGGGUGCAUGCGUGAGAGCAUUGCUGAAUUGCGUGCGUUUUUACCAGCUCGGUUCAGAAAGGUUUAGGGCACCGGAAAUUCUAUUCGACCCUGAAAUCAUCGGUCUCGAGUACCCGGGUAUCCAUCAGAUUGUGGUUGAUGCGAUCAAUAGGACUGACAUGGACCUAAGAAAGUCGUUGUUUGGGAAUAUCGUCCUGUCUGGUGGCUCGACGUUAACAAAAGGUAACGUGUACAACCCACCCCAUUCUAGGGUUUCACCAAAGUGCCCGGCGCAUCCGAUUCGACCGGGACCCAACAGCCGUACAGUAGUGGUGUUUUAAAUAUAUAAUUCUUCUCGCUUCUCUACCGGGGUUUAACGGCUGACGAACGAACGAACCCACUGUGUGUUUAAACGAUAGGAUUCGGCGAUCGACUACUCUCUGAAGUCCGGAGACUAGCGGUUAAGGACAUGAAAAUCAAGAUCUUUGCACCCCCUGAGCGGAAGUACAGCACGUGGAUUGGAGGUUCAAUUCUUGCUGGUUUGAGUACUUUUAGAAAGGUUAGUACUUUCAUCAUUUGGAAAUUCCAUCACACCACACCACGCCACACAUCCCACACGUGCACUCUUUAUUAUUAUUAUUUAUUAUUAUGGAUUUGCACCUACGUUUUCUCUUUCUUCGUAUAUACCGACCUCAUCACAUCACGCCUUUUCACCGGUUGUUGAUCUCACGGUCACUGGCCACCAUCCUGCGCUGUUACGUUUCAUACCGCUGCCCCGCAUAUCUGUUACGAGAGGGAAAUUUCCUGCCCCCCCCCCCCCUACCCUUUUGUUGCCUGUCUGCCUUCCUUCCGUGUUGGAACUCUUGUCCUUACCCUCUCUACACACCUUCCUACACCUUCCUCCAAUACCGCACAACCCACGUGGGAAAUCCCGUGCCAUUGCUAAUUACACCGCGACAACUAAUACGGUUAUUUCACAGAUGUGGGUUAGCAUCGACGACUGGCACGAGAAUCCGGAAAUCAUCCAUACGAAGUUUACCUAGACCUUUUUCAUUUCUUAUCAUCUCCUCUUCCCUUCUCUUAGUUGGCGGUUGUUGUUGUUCAAUAGUGAGCGAAGCCAGAUUACCAUAGUUUGCUCGGGUAGUUUAGCCUGCCUACUUACUGCUCCCGGCACCCUAACCUAGAAAAGUACGGUAGACAAGGGGAAAUAUACCGGCAUACCCGCAAACUACCUCUUCCUUCUUCCCUUGUUCCCUUCCUCCCUCCUCCCCUAGAAACCAAUAAAUUUCAAGAGAAAAGCCCACCACACCGAGUAAGGCGUCGCUAUAUCGCAUUGCAUUACACCAUUCAUACCACAUUACGUUAUCCUUUUUCCCCAAACUCCCGGACCAGGGCACGGUAGUCUAGCGCCGCAACGGCAUACCGUAUCACUACACAAGCAAGUACAAGUACAGUAGGUGCGGUCCUGUGCCAUAUGUAGUACUCAUAAGCACCGUAGACAGUGCAGCGGAAAGAAACAAGGGUUGCAAGUAGAGCACGGUGCGUAUCAUAUACCGGUACGGCAAUAAUAAUAAUAAUAAUAAUAAUAAAAUGCGGGGUACGGCACGUCUGUCAUGGAUUCCGCUAGCCGUAGGGGAGCUCCGGUUUUACCUUGCGAGGGAGGGGAGGC